CUUUUAUCCCCUGCAGUGUUUCUAGCUCUUACUCAGGCCACUAAUUCACGUUGCCCAAUUGGCCCAAACUGGCUCUAGCUAUUCGUCCAUCACAAGUCCUCUGAUAACUAGGUAACUUGGUGACAAAGAGCAUCUGUCUGUCGCUUGCAAUGGCGUCUCUCACCUUGGUCGUUGAGCCUCGGGGCAAACCCAUCAAGAAGCUCCCUAAGACAGUCCAGGUCACCUCCGAUGCCUCGACGGGCGAAAUCUACACCAAGCUGGCGGAGGUCUCGGGCUUCUCCAUCCACCGUCUCCGUAUCACUAAGGGAAGCGACCGGACGGUAGUUCCCAACACUAAGGACGCGACCGUCGAUGGAACCGGGCUGAGGGACCAGAGCGUCCUUCACGUCAAAGACCUCGGCCCCCAACUCGGCUGGCGCACCGUCUACAUAAUCGAAUACCUGGGACCGCUCUUCAUCCCGGCUCUCUUCCUCUUCCCCCUCCGGCCAUUCAUAUACUUCAACUUCGCGCAACCUCUCCCGGACCCAUCCUUUUUCCAGCUCCUGGUCUGCGCCCUCCUGACCCUCCACUUCGUGAAACGCGAAUAUGAAACGAUCUUCGUGCACCGAUUCAGCAACGCCACCAUGCCGGCGCGCAACAUCAUCAAGAACAGCGGCCACUACUGGGUUCUGGCCGGUCUGAACAUCGCGUACUGGGUAUUCCGACCGGACUCCCCCGCCGUGAGCACCCAGGACUCCUUCCUGCUCUACAGCGGUCUGGCAUUGUACAUCAUCGGCGAACUGGCCAACCUGAACGCCCACAUGAUCCUGCGUGAUCUGCGUCGCCCCGGUACCACCGAGCGAGGCAUCCCGGCCGGACUGGGCUUCAAGGUCGUCACCUGCCCCAACUACUUCUUCGAGAUCGUCGCGUGGGUCGGUAUCUACCUGCUUAGUGGCAUGAGCUGGAGUGUCAUGCUCUUUAUCGUGGUGGGGUCCGCGCAGAUGGCUAUCUGGGCCAAGAAGAAGGAGCGUCGCUACCGGAAGGAGUUCGGCGAUAAGUAUAAGCGUAAGCGCUUCGUUCUCCUGCCGGGGAUUUACUAGAUGGGGGUUGGAAUUGGUGGGCUAAUCUGCAUCCCUCUCUCCCUCUCGUAUGUUAUAUGUUAGCAGGGAGGUCCGGCGGGUGGGGAAUCCAGUGUCUUGUCUGGCAUAACUAAGCAUAAGCCUCGUGAAGGUUUAUUUAUGCCCUGACCCCGACACUUUGGACCGGAGAUGUGACGGACGUGACGUGAUGUGUCUGACGGUGGAUUUGUUUUUUCAUGUAACCUAUCUAUUACUCUUUUCCAGAUUUAUAGUCUGUUGUAGAUUCUACGAGUUAUACGCGCCUCACGCGGGGGAAUAAUAAUCAGGACGGACAAGACAGCAAAACAUUGAAUGCAUUACUUCAUGCAGGAAUGGAUGCGAUGCGCUCGCUCUAUG